AAAAGAGCCCAAAAGCAUAGGAAACCAAAGCCAUUCAACUAUCUCAUCCCAGGUGAUUCGGAACUAUUUUUCGAGAUCGAAUAAUACUUGGAGAUAUUUGUAGAACCCUACCUGCUUUUCCUUACUGUAUUUCGCAGAAGAACCUAUCACUUUCACGACUAUCACGCACCUUUUUAUAGCGCCUUUCUAAUCUUGCCGAACCUCUCACUUUUUUGCCUUUUUGAGGAACCUCUCUCAUUUUCUGGAUCAAUAUUCGCACCGACUACGGGUCCCAAUCCGAAAAUAGAAGGAAAUACUUCCCAAUCCCAAAAUGAAAAUGUUGCCUUUCCGGUCAACCCUUCGCGCGCUUCUUCUUGGAGUCACUGCUCAAGUUGGAUCCGUUGCCGCAGCCCACGCUAUAUUGGGAAGCGUGGCUAGAGGCGUGCGCAAGGCGUGUGAGCGGUGCCUUCGUCCGCGGUGUGGACAUGAGGCUGCUGACGUAGGAGAAAAUGGAGGUACGCAGGCUAAAAAGAAGGCGUUGGACGACCUUGUUGAACGGUUUGAGCGUCAGGAGCAGCAGAAAAAUCAGCUGCAGGUGGAGAGGGAAACGCUGUGGGAAGAGCAACUCCGCAAAGUGCGACCCGGCGAAGAGCAGCGUGGACUUAUCGAAGGAGACCCGGUUGAAGAGAUCAUUAAGCCAGUGGAACAAUCAGAUUCGGAAGGCCCACCUGAAGAUGAGGUUGAUCAGGUUCCCGUACCCGCUCGCCGUCGAGUUUUUUACACGGGAAACAUAUAACAGUAAACGCUGCAGAGAUAGAGAUCGCUGCUGAGGAAAUAAGGGACUCCUUGUUUAUUAUGAUGCUUGGUGGCGAGAUCUCUCCGUUAGCGAGGCAAUGGAUGUAGACUAUCUAAGCAGACUCGAGAGGAUUCUUGCCUUGAUUUGGGCAGCGGAAGAGGGGUUAGAGGGAUCUCCAAACAUUGAGAUAGCACAAGGCUAACUUCAUUAUGAAUUUCGACGCCUUCUACUCCAUUGAUUCUUCGCACGGAUGCGAUUCGGCCACGUGCCGAUAGGUCUGCACGUGGGUGCGUGCGGGCUUGGGCUAGCGCUCGAGGCUGAUAGAGUUUCGCCGUGUGUAUAUUUUUUGAGCUUCGUGUUCCUCUUAAAACAUGAGCCUCGGUAUCGCGUGAGAGUCUUCGCGUGUCCAGAACGUCUGCAUCUUUGUUACAGGAAAUUUCCCUAUCGCGGCUAUUAAAAACAGAAACACUCUGGCGGACGAGACGACAACAAAUUCUCGCAUUUACGGCGUUG